AUGUCCACCUGGUGGCGAGCAAGUAUAUUGCCCAAUGGGACGGCGGAUGAAAGCAAAAAGGACAUUGGUUCUCAGGCUGGGGCCAACGAAGAUCGAGGGUCCGAGGCAGGCACGACGGAGACGAACAAUGAGCAACAUGGAAUGGAGGCUGCCGAAACUGCCAUAAGGAAACCAGCACCACGAAUACCAGAAGAGUCAGAGGCAGAUACAGGAGAGAGUGGUGAUCUAAGAUGUGGGUUUGCAAAUAGUACACAUCAGGAGGGAUCGUCAAAAACUCAAAGUGGCGAACAAGAGACCCACAUAACCAAGAACGGAAAUGCUGGCAAGAAGGAAAACGGAGUCAAAACAGAACAUUCUACGACAAAACAACCUACAACAAGUGCGACUAGCACACCACAUCUGAGAGAGCAAACCAGUCGGAACGAGCAAACCAGUCAGAAGAAACAAAUUGGUCAGAACAAACAAACUGGUUACAAACAAACCAGCCUAAACAAACAAACUGGUCAGAAUAAACAAACUGGUCAGAAUAAACAAACUAGCCAGAACAAACAAAGUGAUCAGAACAAUCAAACUACAGGAAAAAACAUCCAGAGCGAAAAAAGCGUCCCUUCGGGCGACAGAAAUAGAACCACCGUGACGGACAAGCAAACACAGGAAAACCGUACAAAACCUCCUACCCCACCCGAAACGGGCUCUUCAGACACUAGCGGGACUGGUGCAGAGGCAGCUAACCAGGGCUUUUUUGGUUGGUGGCUGUUUGCGCCCGCGCCCAGUACUUGGUGGCCCUUUUCGCGCCAGGAGCCAGACGACGACCUAGUUCGUGCGGCGAUGCUCGCCGUGGAAAGCGCCCGCGACCGAUGUCUGUACGCUGUGCGGGCCGAGCCACGAGCCGCCCAUAUGGGAGACACCGCGACAACAAGUGCACGCACGGAAACCGGUUUGAGCACAGCCAGUAAAGGAACAGGCGAAAAUAGUGCGAGCGCAAGUGCAAACGGAACAGUGGCCAACAAUACAACUAUCAACAAUACACACAAUGCCACUUCAACGGAUGUCUCAAAUUGGGGAGGGGCAAAUGGCAACACAAAAGCAAAGACAAAUGCCGCCGACGCUUCAGGCACGGCAAGUGCAUUCAGUCUUGAGUUGGCUGUCGCAGGCACCGCCAGCGAAAGACUGCCUGUGCCUAUAGAGGUUCGGCCGCGCACCCAGGCGGAGGCGGCUGAAAUAGCCUUGGGCCGCGGCGCGGGGUCCGGGUCGGUGGUGCCGUCGCUCGAGUGCAUGCGGCGCAUCACGCUCCGCACGCGGGCCCGGCUCCAGGCAGAGGCUACCUUUUGGGGCUCGCAGACUUCGGAGCGGCAUCUCUACAGGCGGAGCAACACCAUCGCAGUGCGCCAUGCUGUGGUGGUGAGCAUUCACAGCUUCAUGCCCAGCAAGCUCGCCAAGGUGCUUGUGGGCCAGCAUACGGGCAGCGCGUCACAAAUGGCCAAGCAUGCGCAAGCGGCCAUCUUUCGGUGCACAGACAAAUGCACAGUUUCCACCAUCGCACUCGAAGGCCUGGGGCCCUUGGGCGCGCGCACGGAAGAGUCGCUUGCACUCCUAACCAACUGGGCGGCCGAACUUCGCGGCUGCGACUUGAUCUACUUUGUGUGCAAUUCGGUGGCGGCGCCCUUGGCCGCUGCGGUGGCGUGUGGAGUGGCGGCGCGGCUAGGCGUGGCCCCGCCCAAAAUGGCGUUUCUCGCCUUGGCCGGCGCCUGGCAAGGCCCGGCCGUGCUGCGCGAUUCUGCGGUGGUGCUGCGCGCGUACACUCCUAGCGAGCGCGCCGCCAUUGACGAUUUGUUCUCUUUACAGAACCCGCGCCUGCGCGCGAGCGAACAAUUGGCGCACAACAUUGGCACUCUCUGCGCACACAAUGUGAAAAUCACCUUGGCUGCUGCGGCAGGCGACCAGUUUGUGCCGCUUGCGCUGGCGCACGCAGACAAUGUCUGCCACCCCAACAUCUUCCGGUGCGUGUAUGCGGGAGAAGGCGAUGCACCGCCGUUUUUGGUGACGCUUACGGGCGUUCUCGCCACAAUGCAGAAUGUGGGGCGUGGGACCCUGGCGCUCGCGCGCGAUUUGGGCGCGUCGCUCCUAGGCCCGAAGGGCGCGGCGGGCGCCCACGGCCGCAUUUUGAGGUGCAACGAACUCUACGAUUUGGGCGUGCGUUUUGCCUUGGAGUCAACUAGUCUCGUGCACAAAAGGGAGGCGUACGUUGCCGAGCAGAGUACCAGCACACUUGCCACGCCAAACUUGUUUCAUGUGCCUUGGAACUUACGCGGGCUUGUUCAUGAAAUGCUCGAAACUAAGCAUAUUGGGAACUUAAAGCUACUCAACGAGCUUGUCAAGGAACUCCGGGAAUGGGAUCCCACUACUGCCAAGUGGCGUGAGAUCAAGAGUUGUUUUGCGGCGCUUGAGGACCUAUCUAUGGAUGAGCUUCUUCUCUAA